AUGAGAAGUGCUGUUCGGCGAAGUCGGCUAGUGGCUGAAGAAUUUCUGUCAAAUGUUCUCCACGUACGUGGCGCAAUCGGAAAGCGUUUUUCCAAGAAAAGUCUGAGAUCAAAACGAGCUCGGAGGAGAACUGCCAAUCUAGCAGUAUCGAGCAGUCAUCCGAAGUCAGCUGGAUUGCAGUCUUAUUAG